AUGGCGAGAUCUGUCUCUGGAAUCCUUGGACAGCCAUCCAUGCUGUUGCUUCUGGCAUUCCUGGCUACUUUAAGUCAUGGUUCAGGGCACACAUUCGAUACACUGGGUCUCCUCCCAAGAUCCUCAGAUUCCUGCCCAGCUUCAUACGUGAGCUGCAGCAACACGAAGCUCCCAGAUGACUUCUGUUGUCCCUCAGACUCAACUUGCAUCAGUUUGGAUGAUGCCAGCUCGGCCAUCUGCUGCCCGGCUGGGCAACAGUGUGACUACAUUAUACCCAUCACAUGCGAUAUGCAGCAGCAGAAUGUCACUCUCCAUCCAGAAAGUGUCAUCAAAUCAACUCGUUUGGGUGAUAGUCUCGCCAAAUGUGGUGAUCUCUGCUGCCCAUUCGGCUACAUAUGCCAAGGGGACAGCACUUGUGCCUUGGACAAGACUACUGCCAUAACAGCAACCGCCUCUACACCUAGCUCUUCCACAGCUCUAUCAAAGUCAACCCAAACAACAACCACGGCUCCAACGACCCCCCAGGCAACUAUUACACCCGUAUCCUCUCCAUCCGCCGAAAAGUCCGCCAAUACCACAACAACUCCCGACCUCUCAGGAUCCUGUCCCGAAUAUCCCGCAGGAGCAAUAGCAGUCGGAUUUUUCCCAGGAGCCAUAUUCGGCGCCAUAGCAGCCCUCCUAAUAACGCUAUGUGCCCGGCGCCGCGUCCACAAACACGAAACCCAAAUCCAAGAGCCCAAGCCUCGGGUAGAUUGGACUCAACGAUCUUCCUCGGGAGCUCUAAUGGGCAUAUCCAAUCCAAUUCCUCAAGACGACACAUCCUACCGCACAGAAUUCCUCCGAAGUCCACCGCGAGCCAAGCGCUCUUCCAUCGGUAGUCGCUCAACUCGCUCAAUGAUGCAUCGUACCGGUAGCAGAGUCCGAAGUCUAUUCUCAGGCUACCCACGCACAGAUCCAAGAUUAGACAAAGACGUCCCCCCUGUACCUGUACCUGUACCUGUGGCCAUGCCAAAUCCAGAUGCUCCGUUUACGCCACCUCGCCAGCGCCAACCAAGCACAGAGAGUAUCAAGAUCUACUCGCCACCUGGGGUGUUUACGCAGCCUCACAAAUUUUUGGGACCUGAGCCUUACCCUGGUGCUAUGGCGAGGCCGGAUACUGCAUUUACAGAUUUGAUGCAUGCUGGUAGCUCACAGGAUGGGAGAAAAUUGCCUUAUCCCACUCAUGAGGAUUCAAGAGAGAAUCCAUUUAGGGACCCUACUCAUUGA